AUGCGGAAGAAACCACCAAGCACGAGAUGUGCAGCCAAAGCGGCUGGCAAAUGGCGGGCUGCAAUCUUGAGGCUCACAGACUCUCGGCAGAGCCGAUGCCAAGGGAACGUUGUCAUUCUUAACACUGCCCUCCGCGAUUGCCGGAGAGCUGCGAGGUGGCGCUUGGUGCUGUUACUCACUGAAAGUGCAGGGAACCUUGGGAUCAAGCCCGACCUCGUCACAAUCAACACAGCGCUGGCCUCCUUGGGCAGCCGCGGACUUUGGCAGGAUUCCUUGGCAGCCCUUGCUGCGCUGGGCAGCAAUUCGGACAUGAUCAGCUUCAAUACCGUACUCGGCACAUUGGCCCAGCAGUGGAAGUGGGCAUUGCAGAUCUUCGGCGAGGUCAAGGAACGGCGCUUGGGGGAUGCGGUAACCUACACGACGGCGUGUGCUGCCUCGGCCAAGUCACACUGGGCGAUGGGUGCCGGGCUCCUGCAAGAUGCAAAGGUCGCAGACACCCCCCUCGAUGUCGCCGCAUUCAAUGCCCUCAUGCACAUAUACGAGCAACGGGGGGCCUGGGUGCAAUCGGCAUGCCUUUUGGCCCAGCUAUCUUUAGCCACUUUAGAGGCUGACGGCUUAACCUACAACGCAGUCCUGCGGGCGUCGGGUGAAAGCAGCCAGUGGAGAAAGGCACUUUCUGCAUUGGUCCCGAUGUACACUCAGAACGUCAGUGUCACAGCCAUCACCUGCAAUUCUCUCCUUCGGAGUUAUGCAGAUGGCAAUUGGCCGGCUAUCAUUUUCCUGCUGGCGCAUUUCCGAGACACAGCAGUGGAAGCUGAUACUGUCUCGUUCAACACGGCACUCAGUGCAGGCAAGCGUGGAGCAUGGGAAGCCAUGGGCAUGUUGUUGGGCGAAUCUCGUGCCACAGCCAUCAGAGCAGAUACUUUCACGUACAGCGCGGCAUGCGCAGGCUGCGAAGGCCUGGAAAGCUGGCGACUGGCGGGAGUAUUGAUAAGUGACUACACCGCGCAAAGGCUCGGCGCAAGCCUGGAAGUUCUGAAUUCUGCGAUUGGUGCCUGCAAGGCUGCGGGGAAGUGGGAGCAGGCCAUGCUGCUGAUCCAGGAGGCACGAGCCCAGCAGCUGCAUCCAGAUGCUGUCACCUUCGCAGCAGCCAUCACUGCUUGUGAGAAGGGCAGUGCCUGGGCUAUGGCCCUUCAGAUGUUCACAGACAUGGCCGAGGCCGAUGUCGAGCCUGAUUUGGUUGCCUUCGGAGCCGUGGUCAAUGCCUGUGGCAGCAGUAGAAGCAGCACCCAAGUCAAGAGGCUUCUUAACAGACUGGAGCUGCCGGUGCUGGGGCUCAACCUCAUUAUUGCCAAUGCAGCCAUCAGUGCUCUUGCGAGGUGCAGCGAGUGGGAGGAGGCUUCCGCCAUCUUCAGAGAGGUCGUACGUCAAUCUCUUCGCGCGGAUGCCAUCACAUACAAUGCGGUCUUGAGUGGUCAUGCUGGUCGAGGCACCUGGCUCGAAGCUCUCGGGUUGCUGUCGGAGUUGUGUCACCGUGGGCUGGAAGCAGACAUCAUCUCCUACUCCACUGCCAUAAGUGCUUGUGAGGAGGGGCAGCAGUGGCCUCAAGCGCUGGGCAGCUUUGUGCUUUUGCAGGGCUGCGGGAUUGAAUGCAGCACCAUCUCUCAGAAUGCUGUGCUUGCAGCACUUGCCAGAGGCGGUCGCUGGUUGCAAGCCUUGACUGAGGUGGCCCACAUGAAGCAACACGGGCUCUCAGCCACAGAGGUCACCUUAAACUCAAUUGUCAGUGCAUGCGAGCACGACGGGAAAUGGCAGGCUGCACUGCUGCUUUGCAAGGCCACGACUGCUGCAGCGCUGCGCGUAGAUGCAAAAACACACAACGCUGCGAUUCUGGCCUGUGCAGUUUCUGCAAAGUGGCUGUGUGUUCUGGACAUGCUGAACGACUUGAGCUCUGCGCACUAUGCCAUUGACAGUGUCGCCUAUGCCUCCGCCAUCGACGCGUGUGGCAUGCACUUUCAGCAGAGUGCUGCACUCUUGAGUGACGUGGCCCAGGCCACGGCCGCGGAAGUACGAGAGGCGCUCUCUUCAGAAGCGGAAAAAAAGGCGCUGUCUGGGAGUUGUCCGGUAAUGUGCUCUGCUAAUUAUUGGGUCGCCUCGGGGAGAAAGGCAAACCAAACCACCCCCUGCAAAGUGCAGGGGCAUUGCAGGGUUGUACGGUAA